AUGACAGUGUCGUGCUUCACCAAGAGGCGAUACUACGACUACGUACCGCUGCCGAGCGCGACCAAGGAUAGGCCUCUGCUGUGGAUCGGAGGCAUGCCGCUGCCAUGGCAAAUCCGCGACAUGCAUUCUAAAGGAGUGACUGCGAUCGUCAACAUGUGCGAAGAAUUUCCAGGUCACGAGUCGUUGUAUGCAGACCUGGGGAUAGACCAGUGCUGGCUACCCACCACAGACUACUGCAACGUGACCCCGGAGGUGAUUGCCAAGGGAGUCGCUUUCAUUCAUCGGAAGAUUCAGACUGGAGAAUCCGUCUAUGUCCACUGCAAGAGCGGCAUAGGGAGAUGCGCGAUGGUGCUCGUGCCCUACCUGGCAAAGCACCAGCACAUGUCGAUCGAGGACGCAAACCGGUGGGCGAGAGAAUACAGGCCGGCGCUGAUUGGAGACGUCGGCAAGCGACCGGGUGUGAUGAAGUAUCUGGAGAAAGAGAACAACUCGGCUAAAAUCAACUAG